UUUUAUUAAUAUUUUUUAAGCAUAGUGAGUCUGUAUAGGAUUAGAGUGGAAGAAAUCAUCAUUUGUAAUUGGAAGAGAGAGUGAGUAUUCUUUUUGAGUGGAUUGAUCGGCUUAUCAAACUCACAUCCAUCGGAACCAACUAAUCAAGUGUGGCAGCCAAAAGAAAUAAAAGCAGAUGGAGUGACAGAUCGAUUCCCCGAUCGAUCGGAAGGCUAUUAUUAUAAAAAGGGUUUUUCCUUUUCAGCUAGGGUACCGAAGAUAUACACGGCAGCAGAAGAUGGAAAAGGAACGAGAGUUUUUUUGGUUAACAGGAGCAGAGGAGAUUCUUCUUUUGGACGAUUGGAGUGCUCACGCAAAUUUCCGACAUUACAGUAAACUCCAGUCGGUGUUCUCGACGUUCUUUCAACAAUCACAGAGUUGUUUCUUUGGUGGAUUUCCGAAGUAUUGUGGAAGGCUUGAGGAGUCAAGGCAGCGGCAAUCAAAUACGGGGUGUGGUGAACGAGGAGUCGACAAUCAUCUUAGGUCAAUUGUGAGGAGUCUCAAUUGUGAAGUAAGGUCGAUUGCAACCACACAAGUUAAAUAUAGUAUUUGAUUCCUUCCCGUGGUUUUUACCCAUUUUUUGGGUUUUCCACGUAUAUCCGUGCGUUCCUCGUAGUGUGUUCUUUUCGUAUUUGUGGUUAUUUUCGAAUUGGAGUAUCUUGUAGGAAUUUCAUUUGGUAUCAGAGCGGGUCGCUCGUAAUCUGUAGGAAGUUUUUUUCCUGAGUGGAUCCUGAGUUAUAAUGAACACCAAUCUGAAUAUGCAUCAUCCUUCCAGUCGCACACCAAUUUUGGACAGUGAGAACUUUGACUACUGGAAGUCCCGAAUCAAAGCAAUAAUGAGAUCAGCAGAUGAGGAAAUAUGGAACUCGUGCGUAACAGGGUACACACCUCCCACAAAGGUUGUGGAUGGGAAAAAUGUUCCUAAACUGAGCUCCGAAUUGACUGAUAAAGAAAAGGCUGUGUUGCAGGCUAAUAACCAUGCCCUGGACAUUCUUUUUAGUGCUGUGGAUGUGACAGAGCAUCGAAAAAUCACAAAUUGCGAGUUUGCGAAGGAAGCAUGGGAUAUACUGGUCACAUGCCAUGAGGGAACCUACGUGGUCAAGCAAUCAAAGCUGCAGAGGCUUACAACUGAGUUUGAAAUGAUCAAAAUGGAAGAGGAGGAAACAUUCAAUCAGUUCUACUCCAAGCUGAUUUCAAUCGUCAACAGUUGUGAAACCUUGGGUGAGCCCAUUCCUUCAUUUAGAGUUAUUAAGAAAAUUUUAAGAUCUUUGCCUAACCGUUUUAACACAAAAGUCAUUAUGCUUCAAGGUAAAUAGAAGCUUAAGGACAAGUCUAUCGAAGAGGUUGUUGGGAUCCUUCAAACCUAUGAGGCAGACAUGUUACAAUCUGAAUCUCGUAAAACUAAACCGAAACCUUCGGCUAAGCCGAUUGCCUUUUCAAGUUUUCAAAGAGAUAAUAAUGAUUUAGAUAGCGAUUGUAACCUUGACUUUGAAGCUAUGGCCUUAUUUACCAAACAGUUUAAAAAAAAAUUCAAGAAGAAACCCACAGAAAAUGAGUUUAAAAAUAAAAAAAUGAAUAACAAAGGAAAAGGCGAAGUUUCUGGUGAAAAAGGGAAAAGGGGGAUAAAGGGACCGCCACUUGGUCCUAGGUGCUUUGAAUGUCAGGGGUAUGGUCAUUUGGCCCGUGAAU